UUGCAAUGUCUGGACGUGGCAAGCAGGGCGGGAAGGCUCGCGCCAAGGCUAAGACCCGGUCUUCCCGGGCUGGUCUUCAGUUCCCCGUGGGUCGUGUCCACCGCCUGCUCCGCAAGGGCAACUACUCCGAGCGGGUAGGAGCUGGAGCCCCAGUUUACCUCGCUGCGGUGCUGGAGUAUCUGACCGCUGAGAUCCUGGAGCUAGCGGGCAACGCAGCACGCGACAACAAGAAGACCCGUAUCAUACCACGCCACCUUCAGUUGGCCAUCCGCAACGACGAGGAGCUCAAUAAGCUCCUGGGCAAAGUCACCAUCGCCCAAGGUGGUGUGCUGCCCAACAUCCAGGCUGUGUUGCUGCCCAAGAAGACCGAGAGCCACCACAAAGCUAAGGGCAAGUAAAGAUACCGAUCUGGUACGUGUGACUGCCUCAU